UAAAUAAGGAGAUUGAUUGCUUAUAAAAAUAAGGGCUAUCUUUUCAAAAAAAGGGGGGAACCUGGUUUCUAAUUAGCAUUUUAUUUGCAAGGGCUUGGAAUUAAUGGAAUUGGUUUGGGGUUUUAUUUCAAGAUUUACGGUUGUCUUCUAUGUAUGUUGUGUGUUUAUGAUUUAUUGCAGAAACUCUUAUCAGCUCUCCACAUUGUCAUCAGUGCAUAUUGCAUAUCCAGUAGACAAGGCUCAGGACAGGGUAUACAUAUGGAUUUUAAAAGGUUAAACGUUUCUUUUCCAAGUCAGACGGUCUAAAGUAAGUGCAAGGUUUUAUUUUUAUUCUGAUUUGACGUUUCAUUCUGGUGUAAUGUCUUUGUAUUUAUUUUGGUUCUUUUGUGUUUUUAAAAACUAUAGAUACACAGGUCUUGGUCUAAAUGUAUUCAAGGUUAUAGCGAGGAAAAAAAUAGAAACACCCAUUUUUUUCUCGGUCGUUGCGGUUAGUAAGUCAAUUACAAACUCUUUUUUUUUUACAAACUCUUUUUUGUUAUGGAUACGGUAAACUUUUCAAGGUUUCAACAGAUUUCUUAAUUGCUUCAGUAUGAGUUAGUUUCUUCUCAAAUAAAAAUUAUAUUUCAUAUAAUUAUUUAAAUAUAUCGAAUGUAAUCGAUUUUUUUGGGAUAUGUGUAACAGAUAAUUACCAUCUUCUUAAUACGAUAAUAGAUAAUACAUGUAGAAACCAUGUUUACAAUAAUCAUCUCAUAAAUUAAACCCACCAAUUUCUGAAGUUACCUAACAAUCUAACCUGUGGUUAUGGAAAAUGCAGUAAUUUCAGCAUAUGUGACUUACAUAAAAAAAUCCGGAACAUUAACUUUCAGCAUAUUCGAUUAAUAUAUCUUUUAAGCAUUUUGGGAAUAUUUCAAAAGAUCUAGGGGCCCAGAAUUAAUUGACAAAUCUACAAAAUUGUGUACAUCCUAAACUAAUUGACUUACUUUAUAAAUAUUCAUGGGCCAUCGAUUGAUUAUAUUGUUAAUCAAUAUUUGACAAAUUUUAACCAAAUGUUGAUGGGUCGAGAAGGAAAACAAAAUUAUUAGAGAACAUUUCAUGCCCCAUUACUAAUAACAUUCUUAUUUUAUCCAAACCCAAAUUAUAAAACACAUUAUAAUCAAUUUAACCUCAUUGAUUAACUAUAUUAAGAGAAGAAUAAGAUCACCAUUUAGCAUGUCCACGUAGGCACGAAAAAUCAGCCAAUAGAAAGACUCAAACAUGUCAUGUCAGCUCAGCUUAAAUCAAAAUUAUAAAUUCUAGGCUAGCUUAAAUCAAGAUCAAUAAAUUCUGGAUUUUUCAUAUGGUCUCAUGAUAUAUUUCAGAAAAGGCCCAGUUUUGAACUCCUAAAUCUAUGUUUCUUACACCUUUCAUAGAACGGAGGGGUCGCUCAAUUGAUUUGGUUCACACAGUUCGUCUUCUCCGUUUAUCCCUGCAAAUCUCCAUAACCACAACCCCUCUUGACCAAUCAAUUUAUGUCCUAACCAAUCAAAAUAAGAAAAGCUUCCAUAUUAUAUAGUUUAUAUUUGUAAAAAGAACACAAAAUAAUUUUAGGUGAGAACACUACUUUAAGACCUUUGACGUUCUCGAUUCUCUUGAUCUCAGUUUCAUUGACUGUUUCGCAAAGUUAUCAAACAUCUUCAAUUAAUCUCUUCAAAUUCUUUCAACUAUUUAUCUGUCCCUUAAUUCAGUUCUUCUGUUCUCUGAGCUCCUUCGUAUAUUUAUUGAUAGGUCCAAGUAAUUCAUUCGUGACAAAUCUAAAACUAUAUCAAUCGUAUGAUUAGGCCAUCCUCUCAAAAGUUGAAUAAUUAUGGUAUAACUUUUAAAAAGCUACUUGGUUCACAAGACUUUGAGCAAUCAUAGAUAUUGUAAGUCAAGCAUAUAGUAUUUGAUUAUGACAACAAAUGGAUGACAGAUUAGCAGUCAAAUUAAUCUUAUUUUUGAUUAAGUAGGAAAGUGUAGGGAAACCUGCGCUCUAGAGGAGACCAAGACUUUGAUACACAAUUGUUUCAUUCAUUCUUAUUUGUUACUUAUGCACAACAUGAUAGCUAGUCAAAACAAAAUGUAUUCAUCAUCAUAAUGCAAAUAUUGACUAAACAUAUCAUCUUAAGCCUUACAUAUAUGAGAUAUGAGACGAUGGUAUAUUACAAAAUAUUGCCUAUGUCUCAUUAUUUAAUCUAAUUUUUGACCUAGUUAAAUAACAAAUUUUCGAGUCUUAUAAAUAUUAACGAAUUUCUACGAAUCCGCAAGUAGAGUCAAAUAAAUCACGCAAGGAACAAUAUGAAAACGAAAUUUAAACUAUCUGAAUUAUUCCGUUGGUGCAUGACAAUGACUCAUGGAAUGAAUACAAAUAUAUAAUCAAUCUAUUCUAUAUAUUUCCUCAGAUUUGUGAGAAGACUCAGAAAUUCAGAGCCAACAAAUCCCCACCAAACAUUCAAAGCAUAUUCUCAGAGCAGAUCAUCUCUAAAUCAUCCACAAAACCGGUCGUGAACAAGACAUGAGCAUCAAGCAAAAGAUCCUGAUAAGAGUUACUAUGACUGAUGAUAAAACCAGAGCAAAAGCAAUGAAAACUGCCGCUCAGUUUAAAGGAGUCUCGGCUGUGGAAAUAAAGGGAGAUCACAGGAACCAGAUUGAGGUGACCGGUGUUGAAGUCAAUAUGAUCUGUCUAACCAACACACUGAGGAAGAAGGUAGCCUUCGCUGAGCUUGUAAGCGUAAACAAAGUUGAACCACCCAAGAAAGAGGACGACAAGAAGAAGGAAUGCAAGAAACCCGAUGAAAAGAAACCUGAUGAGAAGAAAGCCGACGAGAAAAAAACAGAUGAGAAAAAGCCAGAGCCAUGUUGUUGUAACCCAUGUUAUCAACCAUGGCCUUACGGAUAUGGUGUGCCAUCUUCCUUUCCACAUCCGUGUGAUCCCUACGGGUAUAACUUUAGAGAUUAUACUGGGGAACCUUUCUACAACUACGGACCCAAUUGGAGGUUCAUGUGAGAAGACUACAACGGAAGAGAUAACACCUUAUGUAUACUAAGUAUUUCAAGUCUCAACAUGUUAAUGCAUUUUGAUAGUCAGAUUUGUCGCAUGAAUAAAUACCGUUGAGCUUCCAUAACCACGUAAGGAAGUUACUAUGUAAUGAGACUCCAUGGAUAAGAGCA